AUGUUUGGCUUUUACGGACAUCAACCAUUAUCACCUGGCCUAUCUUCAUACGAUAUGGAGACAAUCGACGAAAUCUCAUCUCCAUCACAGCUUCCCAUUGACGAUGAACUCUCAACAUCGAAUCGACUGAGUGUAACAGCAUUACACAACUCAAUUCUACUUCGCUUUAAGAAAAAACGCAAACGUAAACUUGAACCGGAUACAGUAUCACUUCGUUCGCUAGAAGACAUUGUUGACGAUCAUUUUCAACGUAAAAAACGUUUGUCUUUACCACGUUUAUCAUCUGUAUCUGAAUUGAUAAGUCCAAUGUGCGAUCGUGUUAUAAAUAUGUUACAAACUACGAAGCAAUCGUCAUCUUCAAAUCUUCUUAAUCUUCUCAAUAACCACAAUCAUGGAUAUCAUAUAAAACGAAAGCCAUCAUCAACAUCAUCAAAAAAAUCAUCACCUAAUACAGCGAAAAAAUUUCGUGCUGCUUGGUCGGAAACUUAUGAUGGCGAAAAACUAAAACAAACUAUGACAGCAACAGAGAUCGAACGACAAAAUGUUCUCUAUGAGUUAUUCUCUGAAGAACAGCAAAUGAUUGAAAAUUUAGGUUUAGCACAACGAGUCUAUCGAAAUGGUAUGAAAACAUUAAAUAUUCUUACGGAUUCGGAGUUAAAACAAAUAUUUGGACCAUUGGAAGAUAUUUUACCUUUACAUGAAGAUCUACUGUAUCGUUUAAAGCCAAGAGGAAACUGUUCAAUUGAUGCUGUUGGUCAAAUCUAUCUUGAAUGGUUUCAACGCAUUCGCUCAUCUUAUGUAUCCUAUUGUUCCAAUCUCAUUAAUGCAAAAGAAUUGCUCGAUGCUAAACGUUGCGAAGAAAAUGGUCGCGUUGACGACUAUCUUAAGCGCUGUACUGAUUCUGGCUUUAGUCGAAAACUUGAUCUAUGGGAUUUUCUUGAUCAACCACGAAGUCGUCUAAUGAAAUAUCCAAUACUGUUCAAACGUAUUCAUAAACGAACAAAGGAUGGCCAUGAAGAUAAACGAAUAUUGCUCGACACGAUCAAUAUUGUUGAAGAACUAAUCAAUGAUGUUAGUCAAGCAACAUCGGCUCAAAUUUGCUCGAAUGUUAUCGCAAAGCUUGUCUAUACAAACGAUGAACAAAAGCAUCCAUUGAUUGAAAGACAAACUCAUCUUGUUUGUCAAGGUGAAUUAAAAAAUAAUCGUGGUCAAAAAUUAUUUGUAUUUUUAUUUGAUGAAAUACUUUUAUUUACACGUAUUGCAACUCGCAAUGGUUUUAAGUCUUAUCAAUUAAUAAAUUAUCCUAUUCUUGUUGAAUCUUUACAUAUUGAAGAUAUUGAAGAUGGCGUUAAAAUACCUGAAUUAUCUUCAGGAAGUUUUUCACGAACAUUGUCUGGGUCAAAACCAGCUCGAAAUAUGUUUCGUUGUUCAUCACUAGCAGUAUCAGAUACUAAUAAUAAUCGAAAUACUUCAAUUUUAUUACAAGCACGUGAUAUGUACGAUAAGCAACAAUGGUUAAGUGCUUUUCGAUCAAUUAUGAUAAUGAAAUGA